CGUCGUACUGCGCAACACAUUCAUAAUGAGGAGAAUUUCACAGUAACCGAGAUCAAUGCUCGAUUCUCAUUCAACGGGUAUAUGCUUGAAGCUUAUAGUCAAUGCGCUCUGAGAAAGAAUCAAACGAGGAGCGAGGAUGUAUCUGGGCACGAUGAUAAAACCGAUCCAAUCAAGUUGUUCCACGACCUACGCCAACUUUUCGAUCCGGACCUGCCUCUUCAUCUUUUGAAAGGCGAAGAGCCAGGAAUGGAUAUCCAUCUGUUCAUCCACGAAUUCUCGAAGCAGUUUGGAACCAAGCCUCGUAUUAUCCAUCCUGCCGAUCUUCGACUUUUGCAUGACCCAAGCCAUCCCUCUGGGUAUCGGCUGUUUUGCAAGACUGAGAAACAGGAAAAUGCUGUCGUCUCCGAAAAGCAGGCGGUUGCAAACGACCCUUGUCAUGACGAAAGCGUCGAGGAGGUCCACCAGAUUGGUUUGGAACUACAUCAGCAUGAGCUGGCUGCUCUUACACCAGAGAUGCAGCGCCAGAUCAGUCUACUGUGUUUCAACGAUAUGCGUUCUGUUCUCCUUGUUCAUGAUAAGCGCAUGCUCGGGAUUAUCAGACAGGAGAUCCCCAAUAUGUUGUCUCGAGAAGUGAUUACCCAGUCGCAGGCGGAUGCCCUGAAAUGGGGGAUUGUCGAGACAGUCUUGUCCAAGUCACUUGAAGCGCAAAGUCUACUGCAGAACUCACAAUCACACCCCAAUCUGAAAAACGACUACAUAUUGAAGCCUAUACGGAGCGGGAAAGGAGAUGGGAUCAUAUUUGGGGAAGAUCUAACAGAUUACGAAUGGAUUAACAAACUGGAAGGCCUGCAGUCAAUCAAUACUCAGAGCCUGGGUACUAGCUACGUCGCUCAACGUCGAAUUGUUCCGCUGCUGUACAAUCUCACACUAAACCUUGGCGAUGGUGAGACUCAGUAUCCUCUUGUGGGGACAUAUCAUGUAGUGAAUGGCAAAUUUGUGGGGACAGGCAUAUGGCGUUCGAGUCUUGAUCGGGUCGUCGCCGUUACCCAUGGCGGCGCAUGGCUUUCCUCAGUCACAUGCGAAUAG